UCUCUUUUCGAUUUUAUUUCUGUAACUACAUAAAGACUUCUUUAUUUCUUUUACCUCCAAUACUUUCUCCGGUCCUUAUCUGGUGUCGUACUCCACACUUUCAUCGUUUCAGCUCAUCGUCGUCCCGACACCAGCUGAGAUAGUUAAUUCUCACCGCGACACGGCGCAAGAGUAUGAGUGACGGUAUUUUCUAGAGAUCUGCCCACGAUGGAUGGCUCCAUCCCUCCGUCGUCCGCUAUGUCUCCCAUUUCGCCCUCGCCAUCCACUUCAUCAUCCAUCUUUCGCCCCCGCAGAUCCGAGGACUGGCACGAGUACCGUCCGAUCAUCGAGCAACUCUAUCGUGACAAUCAAUUAAAGCUCAGAGAUGUCAAGAGAAUCAUGGAGCGUGAUUAUAAGUUUCAUGCAUCAGAAAAACAAUACAAAGACCGGUUGGCAGCCUGGCAUAUUCGGAAGAAUAUAAAAGCCAAAGAAGUUCAUGUGAUGAUUCGAAAACAACAAAAACGAGCUGCCCGGGGAAAACAGACUGGAUUUCGUGUCGCCGGUCAAGAAGUGGAUUCGAAACGCAUCGCUCGUUUCGUCCGUAGAUACGGUACUCACUGGGAUAACAAAGGUCGCGCCGAGUCUCAGUCCCAAUCUCCGCCUCAACUUCAACCUCACUCUCAACCCGAAACCCAACCGCUGAGCCAUCGGUCAAGCCCCGAGCCUGAUACUCCAUCCGAUAUGAGUUGCUAUACGCCCGAGCCCGAUGCUAGAGAUAGAAGCUCGACUUUGUCUCCUCGGCCAGAGACGAUGUCACCUCGCAGUGAGAUGACCCCAUCCUUUUCACUAGCCUGUACAACUCAUGGAAGCUUUAUCAAGCACUAUGAGUUUUGGCUGGAAAAAGAAACUUUGGUUAAUCAGAGCACAGGCCACGACAAGCUCAAGAUAGAACAAACCCCUGCUUCUGAGGUUGAUGAUAGCCAGUCUUUGCCGACAACUUAUAGCCCCAGCUUACCAAACGACACUCCUAAAGCCACGAAUGAUGUGUCAUGGAAGGAUCUUGAUUCCUUUCAGAAUCGUCUCCUCGCUCUUCACGACACUCUUGAGGCCUCGAUGGCCGGAUUUAUAUACCCUAAUGAAGAAGAAAACCGCACCCCACUUUUAUGA